AUGCAAAACCGGACUCUGGAGAAACAAGGACUUGACGCAACUUCAGUGUACAGUUUGUUCUUAUACCGAGAGGGCCGCGCCUGGGGAGGCAGCAGCAGUGAGGAGGAGGAGGAGAAGAGCCUGUGUGGAGCGGUUCCUGUGCUCUUUAUCCCCGGGAAUGCGGGCUGCUACAAGCAGGUGCGUUCCCUCGCAUCUGUCUCCCACCACAUCUACCACGCCUCUCAUGCUCAACACGAAUCAAGGAACAGCCCUCCCUGCUUCGCCUGUGGAGACGACCCACACACAGAGCCUCUCACACCAGUGAAACCAGCAGCAGACUCAGACGGAAAGAAAGAGUCAGGGGAAGCGAGGGGAGAAGGUGCAGCAGGAACGGGGAAGGGGGGGCGGGGGUCAGCAGCGUACCCAUGUCGCCUGGUGUGGUUCUCCGUGGAUCUGAGGGAGCACCUCUCUGCUCUUCACACCGCUCUGCUGCACAAACAGGCGGCCUUCGUUGCUGCUGCUGUCACUCAGAUCCUCUCCCUCUACAGUGCGUCCUGUGCUUCCACGCCCGCCCACCCGCCGUCUGUGCUGCUAGUGGGGCACUCCAUGGGGGGGAUAGUGGCCCGUCUGGCCCACAGGAGACUGCGAGGGGGAGGAGGUGUGAGAGAGGGACGGAAUAGGGAGAUGGAAGAAGAGGUGAAGGGGUGUGCGUGGAAGGACGAGGCACAAGAAGGAGGAGGAGGAAUACAGGAGCUGGAGAGCGGGCGUUGUAGCAUUGUCCAUCAGGAAGGGAGCGGACAUGAUUCAGUGCACACUAUUGUCACCAUCGCCACACCACACAGCCUCUUCCCCCUCCCCCUCCAGCCGUCAAUGCAUGCCCUCUAUCACUCCCUCAUCCAGCACACCCCCAACUCUCCCUCCUCUGCUCUGCUCCUCGCCUCUCUUGCUGCCGGCCGGAGUGACUGGCAGGUGAGAUUCGCCUCGUGCCACGUGUCAGCUUACCACUGGUUGCCCUGCCAUCCCACACGCACACCAAUCCCACCCUUCCCAGCGCUCUCCCUCCUCCUCUCUGCUCCUCGCAUCGUUUCCUGCUGGCUGGUGAGAUUGGCUGGUGAGAUUGGCAGGUGA